AUGCGAGCAAGUCCAGCAGCCGCGCUACUGCAGCUGCAGGAGCUCUGCAUCCAGCGCCUCUCGGUCUUUGCUUUCUCCGACACGCAGCGCGUUGGCCCUCCCCUAGAUCCCCUGGUGGACGACAGCACUACUGGUAGUCGGCGCCCGGGGGACAGGAGACGGGCACAUGUCGGGGCCUUGAGAACGACCCGUCACAAGCAGGGAUAUGGUAUUAUGAAGGGCAGCUGGAGAAUGGAAAGAAAUACCGAAAAGGAAACGAAUGGCGGUGUGCAACACGGAGCCUAG